CCCGUCCGACUGCCCGUUCUUCGUCAGAUCGAUCAUCAUCCUUCGCCGCGCUGUAUUGCUUGGAUCUCCGUGUUGUGGUCGCGUCGCGUUGCUAGACCGUGGAUCAUGUCAUAAUAUUCUUUGCCGAGACUUCGACCCUUGUCUCAACCGCCAAUCUGCGACACCGCCCUCGAAGCAAUGGAGAUGGUUAGGACGGCUGGUUCGCUCAUGGUUCCCAAGAAGUUUCGAAGCGUGCGGGACAAAAAUGGCAGUCAUCAUCGCAAUAGAUCGUCGGAGUCUAGCGGCAGGGCUCGACCCCUAACCGCCGACUCGUGGCUUUCGAUAUUCAAAACCGACAGCACGAAGCAGGCUCCGAAGGAAAAGGAAGAAGAUAAAGAACCGGCAAAGCUCGAAAUCAUAGCGAAGCGCCUCGAAGAGCUCAACUACCUCGAGAUCCCCGGCGACAUCAUGCGCUUGGCGCUCCGUUCCAAGUUUGCCUCGGGCGAUGUCGAGAAAACCAUUGAGCUCUUGCAACUUCAGCAGCAGGCAUUCUCGGGGAUAAUACUGCCCUAUAAUCCGGACGUUGAGAUGCUCGGCGCUGAGAAUAGGGGGAAUACCACCUGUUAUCUCGACUCAUUGCUGUUUGCUAUGUUCGCCCAUCUCAAGGCUUUCGAGUGCAUGCUGCAGAAUGACUUGGAGAACGGGCCUCAGAGGAAACUGGCCGCUUUGCUUCGACUAUGGGUUAACAUGCUCAGAAGUGGGAAGCUGAUCCACACAGACAUGAUGGAGCAGAUACAACAGGCCUUAGCAGAGUGCGGCUGGAAAGAUGCUGCGCUCCUUGAGCAACAGGACACUUCUGAAGCCUUCGCCUUCAUCGCUGAUGCACUGCAACUGCCUCUCCUUGCUUUGCAAGUGGACCUUUUCCACCAUGGGAAAGGAGAUGCAGAUGACCAUAAAGUUGUUCACGAGAGGUGUCUCAACCUGGCCGUACCCCCCGAUCCUGAUGGAAAAGGGAUCAAGCUUGAAGACUGCUUGGAGGAUUACUUCAACAACAAGGUGGACGUGCUUCGGGAUAGUGUGGCGGAGGAGAAACCUGCCGGCAAGUCGGCCUUGAGCUCUGGGAGCACGAUACGGGUAGUCCCCGCCGACGGCGAUGGAACGCCACGGGAAGAGAAUGAGGAUACGCAGCUGCGACGGAGGUGGACGACGCCUAGCGGCCCUGUGCAAUCUCCGGUAAUGAUAUCCUGCCGUCAUCCGACAGAUUUGGAUGCACCGUCGGGUUCCCGUACGAGGUCAACCAGCAUCAUACAGCGAUUCGUGCUGAAAGGCGAAGGGGGUUCAGCAGCACAUUCCGCGGACCCGGAAACGAGAAGCCUACUGGAACGAGCUAAGCGUACUGGCUCGUCGGUGGUCAAGGCUGUCACCAUUCCAGCUUGGCAGUUCUACCGGUUGAUACCGUGGAUUGCUACCUCUGAAAGCGCGCCGAACAGCAAUGUGGAGCUCGCCCGACAUUUCGAUCAACGCCCCAUCGUGGCGAUCUGCUUGAAGAGAUAUACCAUGUCACCACAGGGCAUCCCCAUGCGGCAGAACACCCUCAUCGAUAUUCCCGACAGCCUACGUCUCCCGCAUUUCAUGGUUGUCGACGACCACGACCCGAAGGCAGAGGAGCAAGAUUCGAACGGUCUUCGUCAAGGAUAUAGGUUGGUUCUGCAGUCGGUUAUCUGUCACCGGGGCGACUCGCUUCACAGCGGGCAUUACGUUGCCUAUGCUAGGGUCGCGCCCAAGCUCCUGACGGACAAUCGGAGAUACGACCAUGACCCGCCUCCUGAUUAUGAGGAGCCGCAAUGGGUGAGAUUCGAUGAUCUGGCGAUUGAGAAGCGUGUCGAAACCGUGGACGAUAUCCAGCAGUGCCUUCGGCGACAAGAGGAGAUGCCGUACGUGCUGAUCUAUCAAAUUGUCCCCAUGGUGGACGUCACAACGGCAUCGAGCGAGCAAUCUGUGACGCGGCCUCCGUCAUACAUCGAAUCCGCACGGAACGUUCCGGGAACACCAAGCGUUGAAGCGGCGUCUGAGCGUACUGGCGGGAUCACAAAGUCGGUCAGCGGUUAUUUCGAUUCUGGAACGACUCUCGUCCGAGACGGACAGCAUCUUCGGCCUAGCACCGAGGUUGAACGGCCUUCGCGAUUGAGCUUCGAGGAGGGCCCAUCCUUUCUCUCCCGACCCGCGAGCAUCGCGUUCUCCGAACCUCUCGCCGCCCCCAGCCUGCCUGCCAGCCCCGUUGCCGUCUCGCCAGCCGUAACCCCACAAGAGGAGACUACGGCGACGAGACUAUCACGAGCGGCGGCCGUGUUCAAGGCGGGCGCAAGCAGGUCCCGUCCCACAAGCCAAGCUGGUGAGGGCAGGAUUAGUUUGACUAUGUCCCGGUUCGGGUUUGGGCGGCAGACUAGGGAUAACGCUAAUGGCGCCAACGGUGUCACUGACUCUGACGUGUCGGCUGACGACCAAACCGCGCUUGUGGAUGGCGAGGACGCUAGCGGAAAACAGAAGGAGAAGGAGCAUCACACGCCGCGCCAUCGCCACCGCCAAAAGAAAGACCGCUCCAAGUCCAAGAGCCGCGAUAGAGAGCCGAAGAGGAAGGGGAAGGGCAAGGACUUGGGGAAGGAGUCUGACAAGGAAGGUGGCGCCGAUCGCGAGUGCGUUGUCAUGUGAAGAAACUGCGAGAGCUUCUGCACGAUUGAUUUAGCCAGCGUUGGGGCAAAGCCGGGUGCGGUAUGUCUUCUAGGUUUGCAUUGGCUUGGUGCUUAGAUCUACUUAGCAACUGGCUGGUCGUGGGGCAUUUCAUUCAAUCAGCGUUUGGCACACGGCGUUUUGGUGUUUCCCCGGGGAAAGGAUAGCAUAGGGGCGCAUAGUGGAGCAUCAGCGAUACCAAACCCAGAAACAGAUGGAGGAGAGCUUAAGCGACAGCUGGAAUGUCGGGAGCAUCAAGUAAAGGGGGAAGUUAACAAAAUGUACUAUAUAUGAAUAUGCAGAGCUCCUGUACCGAACAGGCAGAGUCAUCCCAGGUUAUGUACGUGUAUGUACCAUACGUACAAUACAUGAGUACAGCUGGAUAACGGCCAAACUGUACCAUGGUAUUUAGCA